AAUCUUUUCUGUUUUGAUACAUAAGAGAUAGGAUCGACUCAAAUGGCAGAGAUGGGAGGAGAAGACGAUAUGCCGAGGGAUGCGAAGAUCGUAAAGGAGUUGUUAAAAUCAAUGGAUGUAGAUGAUUACGAGCCUCGUGUUGUGCACCAGUUUCUAGAACUUUGGUAUCGUUACAUUGCAGAUGUGUUGGCAGAUGCACAGAGCUACUCCGAACACGGUGGGAAAUCCGCAAUCGACUCUGACGAUGUUAAGCUUGCAAUUCAGUCGAAGAUCAAUUUUAGUUUCUCACAGCCUCCGCCCAGAGAGGUGCUAUUGGAGUUAGCUAGGAGCAGAAAUAAAGUCCCUUUGCCGAAAUCACUAUCAAGGGCCGGAAUCCCUCUGCCGCCAGAGCAGGAUACAUUGAUCAGCCCAAAUUAUCAACUUGCGAUACCAAAAUUACAGAAAAGCCAACCAGCUGAAGAAACGGAGGAUGAUGAAGAAGCUCCUGCAGUUGCUGUUCCCAAUUCGAAUCCUUCUCAAGAACAAAGAGAACUGUCGACUCAAGGUACACCUCAGCGAGUAUCUUUUCCACUAGUAGCUAAACAUUCGAGAUAGAGGUUUUCGUCUGUAAUAUUUUAUUUGUACUUUUUUAGAUCUCAAUUCUCGAACAUGAAAAUUGAACUCUGUUUUAGCUUCGACUGUUUAUUUUAUUCCUUUAGAUCGACCCAAAUCGGAUUUGUUGCUUUGUAAAAAAAUUAAUAUUUAUUUGAUGGUCAUGACUUGUGUGUA